AUGAUUAGUCAAGAUUUAUUAAACACAGACAGUAUUGAUGAAAGGGACCUAAUAACAGAAGAAGGUCCAAAUGAUAAGGAUGAACAUAGUUGGCAUAGAGUCAAACAACAGCUGGAGCAAGAAUUGGUUUCAGCGAACAAUGGUACUUCGCACAAAAAUCCAAGUACAACCAAGUUAUCAGAAGAAACAGUAUGGGAAAAGCAAACAGAAAUGUUAUAUGAGUUUACAAAAAUUUUUGAAAAGAUGAAUUUAAAGAACAAAUUUGUAAAAGAAUUUGAUGGUACAGAAAAUAUUAAAGUUAUAGAAACAUGGCUAAGUGAAUUAGAAGUUAUGGCAAAGGUAAUACCAAGUGAUGAGAUAUUGCUAAGAAUAAGAGCAUCUUUUAGGGGAAUAGCAAGAGAUUGGUUUGAAGCAUACUUCGAAGAAGAAAUAAAAACAUAUGAUGAUUUUAAAAUUAGAUUUAAAAAGAAAUUUAUGCCAGAAACAAAUCUCUGCGAUGCAAAACUGAAGUUCUUUAAUUUACUAAAUUUUGGACCUACUAAAGAAAGAUCAUUAUUGAGUUAUGUUUACUUAUUAAAAAGACUAAAUAAAGAAAUUAAAGAAGAUUUUGAAUUAAUAAAAUUAGCAAUAUCAAAACAUACAGAAACAAAAGAUAGUAACACAAUAAGAGAUGCAAAGGAUUGGGAUGAAUUAUUUAAUAAUAUUGAGAAUAAAGGAAUAAAUAAAAAGAUAAAUAUUAAACAACAAGAACUUAGUAAUAAAGAAGAAAAUACAAACAAUAAUCAGAAAAAUAGACCAUGUCAAAAAUGCGGACAAGGAGGUCAUUUGACAGCUCAGUGUACAGCGAAAGUAAUUAAUAAUAAGGUAACAAAAGAAUUAAACACAAUUGAAUAUGAAUUUAAAGGAAAUGACAAAGAAUGCCGAAAUGGAAUUAUAGGAAGAAUAAACAACAAAGGAUAUUUUAUUUUGAUAGAUACGGGAGCAACCAAUAAUUUUAUAACAAAGAAAUUUUGUGAUGAAGUUGGAAUAAAGAACAUAUUAAAUAAACAAGAAAUGAUAAUAACAGGAACAGGAAAUAAAGUAAUGUCUAAUGGAGAAGUAGAACUGGCGAUAGAAAAAGGGAAGAUUUGUCGUAGCUGA